AUGACUCUCGAGAGAGUGCAGAGGAGAGCCUUGAAGAUCAUCUCUCUGGGUGGAAGGAGGAAUGUUCCCGACCUCCCAACACUCCGCGAAAGACGUGAACUUGCGGCUGUCAAGCUGCUCAAGCGUAUGCUCAGCCCUGACCACCCACUACAUGAUUUGAAUUCGUCCAAGACCACCAUGGAAAACAGCCUGUACAAGUCACUGAUCCACCAGACUGCGAUCCUCAAACAGUUAGACGCCUUCCGUGUCAGCGGUAGAUUCUGUGACGUAACAGUAGGUGCGGGGGGCAAAACGUUCAAAUGUCACCGGGUCCUUUUGGCCGCAAGCAGCUCGUACUUCGAGUCUUUGUUUUUACUCGGCCAACAAAUGCAGUCGGAUCAUGUGACCUUCGUGCCUCUUGUGAGCGCGUCGUCAUUUGAAGAGAUCCUCCGCUUUAUCUACAUGGCAGAAUUCACCAUCUCCCCCGACAACGCAGACGACCUGCUCGAGGCUGCCACAAUGUUAAGGAUUCAACCAAUGGUAGAGGCGAUUUCACACUUUAGUCGGUCCUUCCAAGAAGGAGCUGCCUUGGCCGGGGCUUCAGCUCCUCACACAGAGCGGGCUACAGGGAGCAAGAGUAAACUUGGUCAGGACGGCAGUAAACCAAGUCAGGAUGAAAGCUCAUCCGGGUUGGCAAAAAAAGCAAGACUCGACGACAAGAUCCUCCCUGGUGAUGAGGAAACAGAUACCACACGUGUACAGACCAAGUUGUCCACACAACGACAGCUGGACAGUCAUCACUCAUCAGCAGAACGUCAGCGCGGCUCUAAAAAGGUGUACCCAGAAGCCUGCUACCUGACGGGCGCGUCACGCAGGUCUCAGUACGACCGAGGCGUGACGGUCACCGUUAAGCGCGAAAGGGAAGAUCCCGGCUACGAUGUUGCGGCAGGUUCGGCCGGGAGCCGGGGAGACGCUGAACCGGAGGUUGGCCCGGACAUUGGGGAGCAGGGACGCGGACAGUGGGCUAUAAAUAAACAAUCACUUCAUCAUGACGGAUCAACAAGCGUCUUGAGGAAGGAGAAUCAGCCAGGCGCGGAAAGUACAGAGGAGGAAAGUCGGCCGACAUUCCGAUGUGCCUUGGAAGAAAAUGUCGCAACACACGGACAACUUUUCGAAGAACGUUUAACGUGCGACAAACCAGUCAAACGGGAGACACUCCCUGACGUGGCCGGUGACGGAGGGGAAGUUCUGACUGAAAGCUUCAGCGAGAAAUCACCUCCUGCUUCUUGCAACACAGACGGACAAUCCAUCGGCAUGUCCGCUGCAGAAUUGCUGAAAACGCUCAGUAGGCGAUACGAGUGCGCACAACAUAAACAGGCACAAGAGAUGUCCGAUACCGAGCUGCAGCGUGCCAGACCCUCUCCUCUUCCAAACGACAAUGAGACUUCUGAGUCCGCCUUGCUCUCCUUGUGGCAGAAAAAAACCGGUCCAAAACAGGCAGAUUCAGACACGAGUCAGUUCUUCACUACCAGCCGUUUGGAACACCGCAGUUCACCGCCAGACACCCGGCCUGCCCGCGGGCCGGACCAGCGCACGGCUACGGCAGCUGUAGUCCCGACACUGGCGGCUCUCCUGGAAUCACCAGCAUCCUCAUCUCCCCCAGGUAAGGAGCGGGCUGCCUGGACUGGGGCGCCAGUAGUUCGCCGGGGACCCGCAGAACAGUACAGAUCAUCACGGCGGUUAGCCACGGGGCCGACUCCACGAUAUCAACAUGGGCAAUCUCCCGAAAUGCCUGGAGAGACAGACAGACCUUGCACUGACGAACGGAGCUCGCAAGGGGGCAUUGCUCAACCGCGCAGCUCCAAGAGAACCUCGCGCCGUGGCGUCCUGCAGUCACGGAAGUCCGUGGACAAGAUUCUUACGCGCCUCCUGACCAGAGACUCCUACCGAGACACGGAGGAAGACGUCGGGUGUAAGAAAAGGGGCGUGGAUGGCGAAGAGUGGGCGGGGAUUGGUGCGUCUCAGACACUCAGGUCCAUGUGCGGAGAAUAUCUCACCUCACUUCCCCAAAAAGGAAAGGACGGCAGUGGAGUUAGCUCUACUGAGGUGCAUAAGGGAGACCUCAGUGGUCAGAAGAAGGAGGAAACGUGUCCUCAGUCUGCAGGGGAAGGUGGUGUUCUCGGCACUACAGCUGGCACGUCGCCUGAUGGAGACGGCAACAACGAAAAACACAGACCAUCUUCCGAUACAAUCAGCUCAGAAAAGGAACCUCGCGUGUCUCAAGAAAUGCCCUGCUUACCUGAGUACCCACACGUCGUGACCAACCAGCCUGUCCAGGGAACUGACCUGUUGUCGGCUGCGCCAUCUCAGCACGUGACGCCGGGAUUGUUGUGUUCAAAUUCCAACUCAGAAUCUGUAGGAGACGACCAUUGGCUGACGGCCUCGGAAACGUUGCGGCGGAUCAGUCGAACUCGGACAUUGGCUGACACUGGAACAAGAACAGAGAAGGAACCUGGCGCGGUCUCAAGGUUAGCUGAGAAGCAGGAGGGACUUGACCAUGCAGGUUUGCAGUCACAGUUAAGUACGGGCAUUAAAACGGAAGACGACAGAGAAGUGUCGGGACAAGACUCGCCGGACACGUGGCAGCUGCAACAGACGGUCGGACCGGGUCGGACUGUUGGUGGUGAAGACUCCGUCAUACCCGGUUGGAGCCUUAGGGCUGAGACGGACAGGUCACUCCUGGGACCGGCCACAGGGACCCAGGGACCCGGGAAAGGUCGGCAUCAUACACCGGGAAGCACAACAGCACAGGCAAGGGGUAACGGCUACGCAGCAUGCGAUAUCUUGAAAUCUAUUAUACAUUAUCAUGGGCAGGAAAGACAGGACCAGCCGCCACGCUAAGCUUAAGGGUGUGAUUCUGUAAAUUUAUUCCAUACAUAAACAACUUAUAGGAUUUAUAGCAAAUCCAUCAGCAUCGAAAUAGGUUGAUAUUUCAGUGCUGCUACGCGUAUGACAAGGUGUGGCAUUCUGUAACUUGAAGGGGCAUUAUUAUGUAACAUAAAUAUUUUGAUUGAAAGAAAUCUUCGUGUGGUUUGUGCAAUUAUCUCAAAUAAAUUAAUAAAAUUAUGACAUUUAUUUUUAGCGCUAAAUCAUCCCACACAAGGCGCACCCAGUUCGUGGUGCCACCACAAACUACCAGAAUGUAAACAAACAUGGCUGACAGCUGUGUUUUCAUCUUUUAGAGUCAUAUUUUGGGACUUCCACUUACUGAAUGGCACUUAUUUGCAGUUGAGUUUGGUUGAUUCAACUUUAUCAGAAAUAACCAGAAAAUUGAUUUUGUAUCGUCCAGUCCUAGUGUUACAUAAUGCCGCUUUAAUGCCUGCCUACUUCUAUUUGCAGCAAAGGAACACAAGGCCACCUUCUGUUGCAUGAAAGGUCUUUAGAUAAUAACUUUGUAUUCAACUCACGUCUUACAAGGAAACACAACAACUGUACAUUUGGAAUGUUUAAUGUAGUGAACAUUUGAACAGUGAUUACAUGACAUUUACGACUUUACAUCUGUACAUAUCAAUGAGUUAAACUUUAUAGAUGUCC